AUGGCCGGUGCACAAAUCCCGGAUUUGUGCAUAGCGAUCCUCCAAAGCCUGUGCAUGCGCUUAACAACAUGCCCUUUACGGGCUUUUCAAAAUGUGCUACACUUUGCAUGUUUUUUAAAAUUUAAAUGUAUUGCACCAUUAAUUUGGGGCGUUUCCCGUACUAUACCGUUUUUAUUUAAUUUUUUAUUUAUAAAAUACGAUAUUUUACGGUUAUUACAAACCGUUUACGGGUUUUUUUACGUUUUUUCCCGGUAA